AUGAGCCUUGCUAUAGUUUUAAAAAGUGCCUUAACCUUUCUGCAUCGCUGCCGCAAUCCUGAAUCCCUGCGCUGGCUGGCCGGGCCUCCGGUCCCGCGUCGGGCUGCGUCGGCCCUGAAUGCGCCGCUUUCGCACCAGUUUACAGUAGAGGUCGGGAGACAGCCGGGUCUCGGGAGAAAAACACCCUCCAAAAAACUACACGUAACAUUGGAAACAAAACCAAAAAGACUGCAGGGAAGGAAGAAGAGGAAGGCGGAGGGGGGUGGCAGAGGCCCCGAGAGCCGCCCACUUCUGGGCUCCAUUGGUUUCUUUUUUUAA